AUGUCUUUUAUCAAGAAGCUGAAGAACCAAUACGAAGUCUGGAAAAUCACCAAAUAUACUCGACGGAGAUCAGCCAUGACUCCAGAAUUUGAGCAGAAGGAUACCGGAUUCUACGAAAAGAACUAUGUGAAUGGUGUUUAUUUGCACACUGCUGCUCCAAGGUAUUCUUUCUCUCUCUUUCCGUUUACACGGCUAAUGGAUAUCACGCUAUUCAUCAAUUAA